AUGGAGGAAUUAUCGGAGGCGGAACGAAACCAAAUCGGCCAGCUAUUCAUCUGUGGAUUACGUAAUGCGGAGCUCGACGAGGACAUUGCCGAGCUAGUGCGCACCUUCAAGGUUGGCUCCAUCCAGGUGAGCAUCAAAAACUUACCUUCGGUGGACCAGGCACGCGAGCUCAUCCGCGGCGUGCAACAGCUGGCCUAUGAAGCCGGUCACGAACAGCCCAUGGCGAUUUGCAUCGACCAAGAGGGCGGCAUUCUCAACAACCUGAAAGGCGUGACCCAAUUCCCAUGCCAAAUGGCUCUGGCAGCCUCCAAAGACACCGAUCUAGUGGAGGCGGUGGCCGAGGCGGCGGCUAAGGAGCUCCUAGCCUGUGGAAUCAACUUCAUGUUUGCACCGUGUAUGGACGUGCUCAAGUCGACGUCGGCCAGUGCGGACUUCUUGCUGGGGACCCGUGCCUUUGGAGACGAUCACGAAAUUGUGUCUCAAUUCGGAUGUGCUUUCCUUCGUGGACUGCAGAAACAAAACAUGAUGGCCUGUGGAAAACACUUUCCGGGCUACGGAACAGCCUCGCUGGACUCCAUCUUGGGGGGAGUGCCUGUGGUCUCGGAUAAUGAGCUCCAAAUGCAGGCACAGGCGUUUGUGCCGUUUAAGGCGAUCAUCGAUAUGGAUUGUGAUGCCAUCAUGGUGGGAGGAUGUUCUGCUCCAGGUUUGGAUCCUACCGAAGCUCAUGCUUGUUUGUCCUGGAAGAUAUGCACUGAUAUUCUUAGAGAACAGCUGGGAUUCAAGAACGUUAUUGUUUCAGAGUGUCUGGAGAUGGAGGCUCUUUACCAACAGGUUGGAGUGAAACAAGGAACCGUCUCAGCAAAGCUGGCUGGCUGUGACAUGAUUUUGUGCUGCUCUUCGUUCAAGUUGCAAAAGCAAGCCCUGGAAGGUCUAUCAGGCGCCUAUCUCGACGGACUUGUGGAGCCCGAAAGCAUCAUGGCAUCUGCUGAACGCGUUAGACACAUGAAGUCUAGCAGGAAUCUCACCUGGCAGAGUAUUCUGGGAGAGAGACCGUUUGUGGCAGAGCUGUUGCAAGAACACAAACUGCUGUCUGCACGAGCGUACGAGUCGUGUGUGGCUAUUGGCAGAGACUAUCUUCACAUGAUUCCUUUUUCCUUGAAACGCUCAGACACGAUUCUACUGCUGACCCCGUUAUGUGAAUCCGACGACAUUCACAGCGGCAGAUGCACUCCAGCGCAAACAAACGGCAACGGAAACCCAUCCAACGUGCGCUUGCUUCCUGGCGAAGCGACUUUUCAACAUCUGGGAAAGACCAUUGCCUCAUAUCAUACUGGAAAGACACUGCACACUUCGUAUUCCCAAAACGGAAUUAUCAAGUUACACGAACAGCUGAUAGCCAGAGCAACGGUUGUGAUUCUGGUCAACACAACAGCCUACUCGAACAUGUAUCAAACCUCGAUAACAAAGUACGUGCAGCUUCUUUGUGACCAAAGACGUAUUCCGUUUGUACUGGUGGCUGCUUCAAGCCCCCAUGACAUGGCGUCCUCCAACCAUACAUCGGAUACAAAGACGUAUGUCUGUGCGUUUGAAUUUACCCCAGAAAUGCAGGUCACAUGUGCAAAGGUCAUGUUUGGUAAGCUUCCUGCGCUGGGAACUAUCCCAUUCUCUCACUUCUGGGGUAGACAAAGGUCUGGUUCCAAGUCACUGAGUACUACGUCUACCAGAAAGACGUGGAUGGUGGAAACGUAUGCUGGAGAGAACGUGCAACCUCUUUGGGAUCUAUGUUUCCCGAAACGAAAGCUGCCAACCGAGGCGUUCUCCGUGUUAAAUGAUAUCGACUGCUAUGUGGUGAAAAACUCGUCUACUGGAAAGCUGUAUGGGUUCUGUGCGGCUCACAAGACCCAGGUUGCACUACUCAUGGUGGACCCGUCCAGACGGAAAAUGGGCAUAGCUGUGAGCCUGUACAAGCGAGUACAAAGAGCCAAGGGCAGAAAGGACCCCUCUGCGGCUCAGCUGACCUCGUUUGGGUCGGUGCUUCCCGCGUACUUUGCUGGUGCUACACCCGAGAGUCUGGCGUGGCUACAGAAGGUGGACCGGGCCAUGAUCUUUAGAGACAAUGUGGUUGUUCUAGUGAACCAGAGGCUGCAGGACUUCCGAGUCGAUGCGGCUGUGAUCCAGGAGCUGCAGCAGAACAACCUCCGGUUCUCCAUAGCCAGUGUUGCAGAAACAGACGCAAAAGACCUUCCGGAGGAGCUGAGAGAGUCGGAUGCCUAUGUGGCGCAGUGUCUCAAGGAUGGUUCGGUGGUGGGCUCGGUGGUGCUGUUCAAUAAGGGUUCUUCCAUAGCCCGGUGGCUGCCUUGGAUCUAUGAGUUUGGUCCGUCGGUGGGUGGCAUGACCAGUUUGCGGUGCGACUCUGAUUUGAUAAUGCAAGGGCUUGUUUGCUGUGCUAUGAGAAGCUUCCGCAUUGAGGGCUUUCAGACGGUGGUAUUGGAUCACAUGAGUGUUGCUCAACGCGACAGUCUUAGUGGGCUUGGCUUUUCUGUCUGGCGGGUGGAAGAGAAGUUCAGCCGGUAG